CAAUCUGACAUCGUCGUCGAUGAAAUGCGUCGCUUUCGUCGAGUUUGCCACUGCGCCCGUCGAGACGUGAGCGAAUGUGAUCGAGCAAGAGAGAUAACGGUGGUGGAGAGAGUGAACGACCAAAGCAAAACGCAGCAGCAGCAGCAAGCAAGUAGCAAAUACAAGAAUCAGUCAGUAUAGUGAGAGCGAAUCCGCAGCCAGCUAAAAAGCGUAGAAGCAGUGCUCGUGCUGCCUGUGGAAUAUCAGCGACAAAAUUCAGAGCAGAGCACCACAGCAAGCAAAGCAAAAGCGUAUACCGUGUACAGCAGCAGCAGGGCUUGCCAUCAUCAUAUAGGAGAAGUGUGUGUUGUUCGCCUCAUCAAACAGCCGCCAUUUUGACUUCGUUCGCGAUUUGGUUGGUGGAAAGGUUUUUCGCUUGACCGUCGGAGGCAUUUUUGGCGUUCCAGAACCGUCCCACCGCGGUCCGGACCGGGUUAAAUCGACGCGCUUUAACAUUCUCGUUCGUUUAAGACCUGUUCCGGGAGUAGGUCCGGUAGUGAAAUUCUGUGAAAAAAGCGAUUGAAAUUUUGGUUCAUUUUCUCGGUGCUGCUAAUACCGACGACGUUGUUCGAACAUCGAGCCUCUUUGAGACGGUCGAUUGUCGACGGGCCAAGGUGUAGAGGAAAAAUCGUCGGUAGACGGGGGCAAGCAGCACACAAAAUCGAGAAGACGAGAGAGUUGCGGCGCGUUCGACGAGAAAAAAAAGUCGGCUGCCCAACAGAGCAGCGCGCGGAGUGUUUUGUGCAGUAAGGAAUCGGAUUCGGGACAUGGCAAGGUUCAACCAUUUUUUCCGUCUGAAAGUGAAGUGAAAGAUCGGUACUCUUUUUUGAAAUUUUGAAAAUAAUUGAAACGAGAGGAUUAAUUUUCGGGAAAAGAUUCUCCGAUGAGUGCUGGAACGGAACUGGAUUGUGAUCUAGUCUGUUGGGUUGAGUGGCAACAUGUGGCCAUUCGGUGUGUGUCCGCGCCGUAAAUCCACAAAGAAAAAAUCGAAUUGAAUUCUCGUUUCGUCUCGUCAAAAGGACAGUGACUUCUGUGUGUGUGUUUACGUUUCUCCAGUACUGUGGCCUGGCUCCGCGAAAAACCGUAAUCGGGCGCGGUGCCUGACAGCGGCAGCAGCACAAACAAUUGCCCGCUCGGCGGAUGACAGCCAGAGGUUGGAUAGUAAUAAACAGAAAGGCGAUUUUACUAUAGAAUGCACUUCACCCAAAGUGUUUGAUAUUUACACGCAAAUUGUGACGUUUCGUUGUUUUGUUUAUAAGUUGCAAACCCGGGUAUGUGUGGUGUCGCUACAAAUGCUGAGCGUUUCUCUUCGCUCGUCGUGUGCCUACAAAAUGAAGCGUAAUUUUUAUUCGUUUCGAUGCUACAGCGCCAUGAAAGGCAGAGACAGUAAAAUAAUAGUGUAAAGUUCCGAUACGGGGAAAACUGAAAUAAAACAUCCCUUACGGAAGCGUGGAUCUUCCCGAAAGAAAAAGAGGAGAGCGCAGAAGCAGUAUCACCAGCAAGUGGAUUCGUAAACAAUGGGUGAUCAUAUGGAUGAACCACCGCUGAAGCGAGCCAAGAUUCGAGAUGUGUCCGAAGUCAUCUCGACUGUCGACCAGAUGUUCGACCUGGAGAGCCACCUCCCGGACGAGCUGAUGGGCGAUAAUACCUGGGUGGACUCGCUGAGUGGUGGUAACAAACCCCCCGGUCCUGGCCCGGGUCCACAGAUGAAUGGUGGCGAUGAUCCUGGAGGAACGUCCACCAUGGCCCAGCUAGCCCUGCGUCAGCAACAGCAGCAGCAGCAACAACAACAACAACAACAAUUGCAUCUUCAGCAACAACAGCAGCAGCAUCAACAGCAACUUCAUCAUAUUAUGCAGCAGCAGCAGGGCAAUAAGAAUAUGGCUGGCCAGCAAAUCUUGGGAAUGGGACCGUUAGCGAAUAAGAGUCCCAAUCUGCUACCGAUGAAUCAAAGCAUGGCUAAUAACGUGGUGGUUGGUGGAAUGGGCGGCGGAUCGAUGCUCGGUAUGAACAGUAUUGCGCAAAGCAACGGAGGUGGAACUAUUAUUACCAACAGUAACAUGGGUUUGAGUGGAGGAGUUAUGACCGGGGGAGGUAUUGUGAUAAACAACAACAUGAAGCAAGGUGGACCGAAUCCAGGACUAAUGCAUCAGCUACCAAAUUCGAUGCAGAAUGGUCCGUUAAGUAACCCCGGACGGUUAGGUAUGCCUGGUCAGCCUGGUCAGCAUAUGGCGCGAGGACCAGGAGGUCAUAUGAAUCAAGGAUUGCGUCAGUUAAUGCAGAAUCAUAACGUGGGUGGAAUGGCCAAUCAAAUGAAUCAAAUUGGAGGUCCAGGAGGCCCAUUUGGAGGUUAUCAACAGCCGAAUGUGAACGUAAUGAACGCAGGGGGUCUUGCGCCGGUACGUGGAUCUCCUCCGACGAUCAAUCGGAUGCCAAACAUGGCCGGUGCAAGAAUGGGUAAUCCUCUCGGAGGGAGUCUAAUGCCCGGUGCAGGGAUGGGUAUGAAUGUAGUGAACGAGGGAGGCGUGGCAGCUCAAGCGCAACCACCAACGCCUUCACCAGCUCAACCGCAAUCCGGCAAUCCCACAGCUCAAAUACGACCUCAAACGGCAGCUCAGAAUCAACCAAUGAACCAGAUGAAUUCAGCUGUUGGAGGUUCAGGUGCACCUGGAGGUCAACCCGGAGGACCCCAGCCAGGUCCUUCUCAAAGCGGUCCCGGUAAUCCCCUCUUGGCAGAUCCCGAAAAGAGAAAACUUAUCCAACAACAAUUAGUGCUACUUCUACACGCUCACAAAUGCCAACGAAGAGAAACGGAAAAUCCUAACAGCAACAAUUGCACGCUAGCACACUGUCGAACCAUGAAAGAUGUCCUCACGCAUAUGCAAUCCUGUCAACUGGGGAAGAACUGCGGGAAAACUCAUUGCUCCUCUUCGCGACAAAUCAUCAAUCAUUGGAAGAACUGCCAACGGCAGGACUGUCCGGUUUGUUUACCUCUCAAGGAUACCAACAAGUACAAGCAGAGUCAACAACAACCCGGACAGCAGCAACAACAACAACAGCAGCAGCAGCAACAACAACAACAAAACCAGCAAAAUCAACUAAAAAAUCAGCUACAACAACAGGUCGUUGGCCAAGAUUCGGGCCAGUCUCAAUCCGGAUCUUCGGGACAAAAUCAGCAAGGUCAGCCUGGGCAAAUGCCUGGUUCCUUCAAUCAGCUCGGAUCCAACCAAAUUCAAUGUCCCUCCUCUACCGCACCAAAUUCACUGCCCGGAAAUGUUCAAAUGCAAUCGCAGGUAGGCCAAUCAGGAAUGUCAGGCCAACAGCAACAACAGGGUCCGGGUGGACCGCAAAUGGUUGGUGGAAUGCGAAGUAUGCCACUAGGUGUAAGCCAACCUCAAGGUGCCACGGUUCGGAUGAUGAUCCCUCCUAAUCAGAUGAUGGUAAAUAAUGUCCUUCCGAACGCCACCAGUGAUGCUUCCAGUGUUGGUCCUCAGGGACUUCCCGUUACCAGUCAAGCUCCGGGUGGAUCUAGCCAAAGUGUAUCCCAAAUGGCAGCUGCUCUUCAGCAGCAGCAACCCAAUGCUCAGUUGCAACAGCUACAACAGAAUCAAUCUCAGAACAUCAUUCCACUACAAGGCAAUGUCCUGUUCAACCAGGAUGGCUCGGGACCAAUGUCACAGCAACAACAGCAGCAAAGUGGGGGGCCUGCACCGGGUCCUAGCGGAAAUUUUUCCGCGAAUCAAAUGCUCGCCGCACCCGUCCAAGGUACCAAAGAUUGGCAUCAUUCCGUUACCCCGGAUCUCCGGAAUCAUCUCGUGCACAAACUGGUACAAGCCAUCUUUCCUUCACCAGACCCUUCCACCAUGUUCGAUAAGCGAAUGUAUAAUCUGGUAGCGUAUGCUAAAAAGGUAGAAGGCGAUAUGUACGAAAUGGCGAACUCUCGGUCCGAGUAUUACCAUCUGUUGGCGGAAAAAAUCUACAAGAUCCAGAAAGAGCUCGAAGAGAAGAGACAGAAACGAAAAGAGCAGCAGAUGCAACAGCAACAGAGGCAAGCUCAGGAACAGCAACAGCUUCAGCAACCAGGCGGAAACGCUCAGAUUCGACCAAUGAAUCCGGGAAUGUUGGGUGGACCUAACAUGAGUGCGAAGAAUGUCAUGCAAAUGCCACUGCAAGUCGGUCCGAACAUGCUGAAUCCAAACCAAAACAUUAUGCAACAGCAGAACCGAAUGCCUUUAAACGCUGGUCAACAACAGCAGCAGCAAUUUGUAUCUCAACCAGGACCAAGUCCCAACAGUAUGGUUCAGCAGCAGCAAACUGUUUUACCAGGCGGAUUAUCUCCGUUCACGGCACAACAGCAGCAAGGUAUCAAUAGCCAUCCACCGGGAAUGACUCCGCCUUCAUCGCAACAAAAUGCUGUUCAAUUUCUGAAUGGACCAUCCAUUGCGGACAGUUCACCCAGCGGGUUGCAACAGUUCAACGAUAUUAUGAAGGCCAAGUAUAACGCAGGACAAGCAGCUGCAGCAGCAGCUCAAAACAAUUCCGGCAUGUCUGGCAUGAGUCAAACCGUAACACCACCAAUUCCUUCGCCGUUUGGAAGCAGCGGUGGUAACUCAAUGCAACAGCAGCAGCAGAACACUACUUUUAACGGUAGCCAAAUGAUGAAUUGCGCCAAUAGUAAUCAACAACAGCAACAAAGAAAUAGUUUAGGACAAAUGCCUUCUACUCCAACCAGCGGUGGAGAUUUGCUCAACUCAUCGGGCAACAGCGUUCCCAUCCCUUCGCCAUCACCUAGCUUAACGCCGAACGGACCAGUUCCUCCACCACCGGUUAGUACUCCGAAUACACCGAAUGUAUCGGCACUGCUUGCAAACGCACCGGAACCGACACCUCCACCCACAAUUUCAUCCCCCAUUCCGAUCUCGACACCUCCAGCUUUAGGCUGCCUAAUGGCUACCAACAGCAACAGCAAUACUAGUGGGAUGGCUACAGCCACACCCUCUUUGUCAUCAAUCACCAGCACGGCAUCUAGUGGACCGACCACUACGACGACUGCUUCAUCCGGGUGUACUACUAGCACAACUCCUACAGCUAACGGUACUACCACUUGCAAUAGUAGUAGCAGCAGCAACAGUGGGGCAAGCAUUGUUGCUAGUAUGAGUCGGUCCACCUCUUCUGCGUUAAGUUCUCAAAUGGCCGCACUGGAGGCAGCUGCUCGAGAUCAGGACGAAGAUUCCCAACCUGGUAUGACCAAUGGGGCCAACAAUUCCGGCAGUGAAUCGAACGCCAAAGGAGGGAAGUUGGAAUUGAAGCAAGAGCAGGAUCUCAAAUCCGAACCAGAUACUAACCACAUGGACACCUCGGACAGUGUCAACAUCGGCGGCGGCAAAGGUAACAGCGACAGUUGUCCCAGUAUCAAACAGGAGAUUAAGACUGAACCGAUGGACAUGAGCGAGGGUGGCGAAGGUGACAAAAACAGUAAACUGGAUGUGAUCAAAUGCAAGGACGAGCCGAUGUCUCCUUCCGGCAUGACGACCACAACCACGGUAAACGCGGUAGUCAAAAGCGAACCAAAAGUCUUUCCCGAACCGAUUAAGUCGGAUGCGGCCGACAGUAAGAAGAAGUGCACAUUCAAACCGGAAGAACUGCGGGAAGCACUGCUACCAACAUUGGAGAAACUGGUGGCACAAGAACCAGAAUCGAUGCCCUUCCGUAUGCCGGUUGAUCCGACUACGCUAGGCAUUCCGGACUAUUUCGAUAUCGUUCGGAAACCAAUGGAUCUCAGCACGGUUCGCAAGAAGCUCGAUUCUGGUCAGUACUCCGAUCCGUGGGAGUACGUUGACGAUGUGUGGUUAAUGUUUGAUAAUGCGUGGCUAUACAAUCGUAAGACGUCUCGCGUCUACAGGUACUGCACCAAGCUCUCGGAAGUGUUCGAGCAGGAAAUUGACCCUGUUAUGCAGUCACUCGGUUACUGCUGUGGCAGGAAGUACACCUUUAAUCCCCAGGUGUUGUGUUGCUACGGCAAGCAACUCUGUACGAUUCCACGGGAUGCCAAAUAUUACAGCUAUCAAAAUCGCUCUUUUGGACCACUAUCUACUAGAUACACCUACUGUCAGAAGUGCUUCAACGAUAUUCCUGGCGACAUGGUAACGCUUGGUGAUGACCCGCUACAAACGCAAACCCAAAUCAAAAAGGACCAGUUCAAGGAGAUGAAGAAUGACCACCUGGAGCUGGAACCGUUUGUCGAUUGUUUGGACUGUGGUCGAAAACAGCACCAGAUUUGCGUGCUAUAUCUAGAGUCCAUCUGGCCGGGCGGGUUUGUUUGUGAUAACUGUCUGAAGAAGAAGGGCGCUAAGCGGAAAGAGAACAAAUCCAAUGCCAAACGGUUACCCACCUCAAAGCUCGGAACGUACAUCGAAACGAGAGUGAACAAUUUCCUAAAGAAGAAAGAGGCUGGCGCCGGAGAGGUGCACAUCCGAGUUGUUUCCAGCUCGGACAAAUUGGUGGAGGUUAAGCCAGGCAUGCGCAGUCGGUUUGUGGAAAAUGGUGAAAUGUUGCCAGAAUUUCCCUACCGAGCAAAAGCUCUGUUUGCUUUUGAAGAAGUGGACGGAAUCGACGUAUGCUUUUUCGGUAUGCAUGUCCAAGAGUACGGUUCAGAGUGCGCGGCACCAAAUACGAGGCGAGUCUACAUCGCCUAUCUGGAUUCAGUACAUUUCUUCCGACCGCGGCAAUAUCGUACCUCAGUGUACCAUGAAAUUCUGCUCGGCUACAUGGAUUACGCCAAGCAACUGGGCUACACGAUGGCCCACAUUUGGGCUUGUCCGCCAUCUGAAGGUGACGACUACAUUUUCCACUGCCAUCCGCCCGAGCAGCGUAUUCCAAAACCAAAACGGCUGCAGGAGUGGUACAAAAAGAUGCUCGACAAAGGUAUGGUCGAACGAACCAUUCAGGAUUACAAGGACAUCCUAAAGCAGGCGAUGGAGGACAAGCUGCAAUCGGCCUCGGAGCUGCCCUAUUUCGAGGGUGACUUCUGGCCAAACGUACUGGAGGAAAGCAUCAAGGAGCUCGAUCAGGAGGAAGAGGAAAAACGAAAGCAAGCCGAACGAGAAGAAGCGGCGGCAAAUGCGAUCAUGUCCAUGAAUGACGACAGUGACACCGGUGUAGACGGAAAGAAGAAAGGCGGUCAAAAGAAAGCAAAAAAAUCAAACAAAUCAAAGGCAGCCCAACGGAAGAACAACAAAAAGUCCAACGAACAGAUCGGAAACGAUUUGAGUGCAAAGAUCUUCGCCACCAUGGAAAAACAUAAGGAAGUGUUCUUCGUAAUUCGAUUGCACUCGGCUCAAUCCGCUGCUAGCUUGGCGCCAAUACAAGAUCCCGACCCACUCAUCAACUGUGACCUGAUGGACGGUCGCGACGCAUUCCUUACUAUGGCACGCGACAAGCACUUUGAGUUCUCUUCGCUUCGCAGAGCCCAGUUCAGUUCCCUCUGCAUGUUAUACGAACUUCACAACCAGGGUCAAGACAAAUUCGUCUACACCUGUAACAACUGCAAAAACCACGUGGAAACGCGAUACCAUUGUACCGUGUGUGACGACUUCGAUCUGUGCAUCCAGUGCAAGGAAAAGGUCGGUCAUCCACACAAAAUGGACAAACUGGGCUUCGAUCUGGACGAUGGCUCCUCACCGACCGACAUCAAGCAAACGAAUCCGCAGGAAGCCCGCAAACAGUCCAUUCAGCGAUGCAUCCAAUCGCUGGUGCACGCGUGUCAGUGUCGCGACGCGAACUGUCGACUGCCGAGCUGUCAGAAGAUGAAACGUGUGGUUCAACAUACGAAGCACUGCAAGCGGAAGACGCACGGCGGUUGUCCGAUUUGCAAACAGCUCAUUGCACUGUGCUGCUACCACGCCAAGCACUGCCAGGAGGCUAAAUGCUUGGUACCGUUCUGCCCGAACAUCAAGCACAAGCUGAAGCAGCAGCAGCUACAGCAGAGGCUACAACAGCAGCAACUGCUACGACGACGUAUGGCCGUAAUGAACACAACUCGUGUCGGGGCAUCAUCUUUGCCAAGCGUAUCAAGUGCACCUGUGCCGUCGGUUUCCGCCGGUGGUCUCAGCCCUGGCGGACCGAAUAGCAUGGGAGGUUCCGGUGCCAGUGUUGUCGGUGGAAUGGGACCCACUGGAUUGGGUGGACCCGGUUCGGUUGCGGGAGCCGCUGGUGCAGGCGCUGGCGGUGGCAUGAUUGGACCUGGUAGUGCUGGUGUUCUGGGAGCACCGGGUGGUAUGAGUCCCUCGGCAGCACCCAGUCCGGUUUCGCAAAUUGGUGGCAUGGGUAGUCCACAUCCGCCAGGAUUGGGACUGAAGCCGGAAGCACAACCGCCACCGCCUAACGUUAUGCAAGCAUUGAAGCAGGUGCAGGAGGAAGCGGCUCGCCAGCAGGCUCCUCAUGCAAGUUUUGGCAAGGUGAAUCCUGGUGGAGGACCUAUGCCACCACCGGUUAUGCAGCGAGCUAUGGCUGGUGCCGCUCACAUGGGCGGUGUCGGUGGGGUCUCAGGAGUGGCCGGAAUAGGUGGCCCUAAUCAACAGCAACCAGGUGGUGUAGGAGGAGUUCCUAUGGGUGCUGGUGGUCCUGUGGGUGGUGCUGGGCAAAAUGUGAUGGCCCAAAUAGAUCAGUGGGGUAACCCACGGUACCCUAACACAGGUGGACAGCAAAAUCCGCAAGCUAUGCGACCCAAUUUACCAGGCAUGAUGCCGCAAGGGCAACAGCAACCACAACAGCCAAAUUCAAUGCAAGGGGGCAUGAUGGGCGCCGGACUCGGUGGGCAGCAGAUGAUGGGAGGAAUGCGGCCCGGUCCCGGUGGCGUUUGCAUUCAAGGCCCAGGUGGUAUGGUUGGCAAUCCGCAGCAAGUGGGCCAACAACAAGGCCAACCAUCCCAGGGUCUUCCGACCAAUCAACCGAAAGCCGCCAUUGCCCAACUGAUGGCGACAUUGAAGAAUCCCCAGGCAGGUCCAGAGCAACAGCAACAGCUACUAUCGAUACUGAAGGCCAACCCGCAGCUGAUGGCGGCUUUCAUCAAACAGCGACAGCAGAUGGCCCAAAAUCAGCAGAACCAAAACCAGGGAGGUAUGAGCCAGCAGCAGCAGCAGCAACAACAACAGCAGCAGCAACAGUCACAUAAUGUGAUGCAGCAUGCGGGUGCCGGUGUCGUCCAGGGACAACAGCAAGGUCCCGGACAAAUACCUGGUGGUAUGUCAUACAAUCCGGCUGCUGGCGGUAACCCUAUGGUACCGAAUCGACUGCAAGGAGGUGUACAGGGAAUGGCCGGUGGAGGCAAACCUGGUGGUAACCCACAAAUGCAGUUGCCGAUUCAACAACAGAUGUGGUAUAAACAGCAGCAACAGCAACAACAACAGCAGCAGCAACAGAUGAUGCUUCAACGACAGCUGGCAAUGACCGGAGGAAACAUGCAGCCAGCGCCACCUUAUCAACAGCGACCACGACCUCAGCAGCAGAUGGGUGUCGGUGGCUAUAGUCAGGGUGGAAUGUUCCCUGAUCAGCAGCAAUACAUGCAGCAAGGGCUGAAACCAAACCCACAACAGCAAGGAGCCGGUGUAGGAGUGAACGUACUAUCGCAGCAGUUACAGCAGGGUCCCGGCGGCCAACCAGGUGGUGUGAUGGGCCCGCCAACGCCCCAACAUACGAUGCAACAGCAACUGAUGCAAACCGUACGAUCACCCCCUCCGAUUCGAUCACCCCAGCCUCAACCUUCUCCACGAGCAGUUCCUUCACCGCGGGCACAACCAUCGGCGUCGCCCCGGGCACAACCAUCGCCGCACCAUUUGCCUUCCCAUUCCCCGGUACCUUCCGGACCUGGGGGUGAAAUGCACAAUCACAUGCAUCCACAUCAGUCACCUAUCGGCGUCGGCGGUGGACCCGGAGGCGUUGGGGGCCCCGGCGAUCCCAAUCAAAUGGGCGGUGGUGGUGGCGGAGGUCCCAAUGAUACCAGUCCACUAACCGCUCAAGAUCAACUCACCAAAUUUGUCGAGCAGUUGUAGUAGUAUCAUGUGUAUUAGGAACCCCUUCUAACUCUGUGAGACUCAAGAAUGAUGGAGAACAAGCCUUAUUACUCAUCUAUAUACCAGGUAACAAACAAUCAUUGACCGAGCGUGAACCAAACUGAGACCGCUAUAAACCAAUGUGUAAAUAGGGAAAAUACGUUGUAAAUAGGUACCCUAUUGUCCAAUGUUAGUAGACUAAAAGCAAACAGUGAAAAUUAUGUUGAUUAUUAGUGAUGAGUGCAAUCACUAAGCUAGCUGUUGCAAUACAUUCGUGGUGCACUCGGAAAACGUAAAACUAUCACGUUUACUUUCAGUUCGCCAUUUUGCUAACACCACUUUCGUCCGUUUCCCUUCCCCUGCGGCACUUUGUGUGCGUGUUAAGCUUACGUAGUCCGAUUUAGGGCCAAGUCAACACAGUAGUUCACCUCAAGUAUUUAUUAACCACACACAAGAGCAGCGUGCGAGCGAAAUAGCGAAGCAGAACAUGCAAAAUGCAGUACUAGUUUUAAGUAAAGGACAUGAUGUAAAGAGGAAAAGAAAAAAAAACAUAACUAAAGGCUAACGUGUAAGUUUAGACUAUUACUAUUAGUGAUUGUAAUAUGAAAUAUGGUCGGGGAAGGGAGUAUAUCUGUUUCCCACUGCCUCCGAAAAUACCAGGCAGGUCAUUGGGGAGGAUUCUCUUCUCUUUAGUUAGGAUCUGAAUGUAAAGCAAACCGAUGUUGUUUCGAUUUGUUACGAAAAAAAUAUGAAAACGUGGAAAAAAAGUGAUUCUUUGUGAAAGAAGACGAAGGAGAGUUAUUAGUGUAAAUAGAUAGGGAAAAUAAAACAUCAAAAUAACACUCAUAGUGGUAGUUGAACACACACACACAAAAAGUAAUUGCGCAGUACUAUUUCCUUAAGCAAGUAACAAACAUAUUAAAGAAAAUCGCGUUAACAUAGUAGUGUACCUAUUAAUAAAGCAAAACUAGUAUUGAUUUUAUACAAAAUUUGAAGACGGUAAACAUUUUUCUGUUAAGUUUAGAUUAUUUUUCUUAUUUUAUCGGAACACUUGAAAAUCGUUGCAUUUUUCCGUGUAUAGAUUAUAUUUUUUUUUUCAAACAUUCGUAGUAACAUUGUGUUGUUUUACGUUACGUGCUUGUGGUUCGGAAGUGAGAAAGGUAAUCUAUCGAAAUGGUUAGUUAAUUUAAUCUUUGCGGGGAGGAAAUUAUCCGGUUUUAAGCGAAACUGCAUCAGCGUCCAACUGCUGCAUGAACUGACAGCGACUAGAGUCUAACUCAGUUUCACGAUUUUGCUAAAAUGGUAUUUAUUAAAAUCAGGAAACAACGCGCAUGAGUGAAAAUGUUUUCAAGGUAGAAGUUUCAGUAAUUGAUAAUGCUAAAUUUGAAGAGAAAGGCAGUUUUGAAAUACCAUAGAAAAUGUAUAAUUCGGCAUACGAGAUAAAACGAUACCUUUUAGUGUCAUUAGUACUUCGCUUAAGGACUGUUUAGCAAGUCUCAUUGUUUGCAUAAAGCUUUUACUAAUUCGACAUUUGCUCUGUUGUGAUGUGUGGUGUUCGCGGUUUACAUACUGAUUUCUAUUAGUCAGCUGAUUAUCUAUAAUAAGAGUAGCUUAAAAUGGUACUUAGGAGUUGAUGCUGGUCCGAUCUAAAUGAAAUCCUCAACAGCAUGAUAAUCACCAUUGCCGGCCGCCCCCUUUUUCAUUGUUUGCGCAGGUGCAAACUAAAGGCUAAAAAGGAAGUUUUAAUGCUUUGAACUUCUUAACGGAAGGGCGUCGACCCAUCAGACUCUUUCAUAGUUGGCACGGAGUAAGCGAUUUGAAAGAGUUAAAAAUCCACUUCAAGCAAUUGGUACGAAAUAACUUUUCUGUUGCUACUCGAAUGAAAGAUAUAAUUUAGUUCAUGGGGUUUUUAAACUCUAGACUGGCAGUUACAGAGGAUAACAUGCCAUGAUUGGAUGAAUUUAUUUCUGGCGAAACCCAACGAAACUUUGUGGUUGUAAAGACUGUCUAAUUAAGAAACUGUGUACACGUUGUUUUAUUCAAAAAAUUAAUCUUUACUAGUCUGCCUCUUCAGAAUGGAUUGUUUCCUUGGACUGAACUGUAGGAGAUAGGAAUUCAGAGAAUAUGUUAAUGCUUUGUAUACUUCAAGCUGACUUUCUUCAAUAACUUAAGAAUGUACACCAACAAAUUGAGCGCAAGACGCUCGCAGUUAUUUGACGCCAGCUAAUAAUAUUGUCUCAAAUCUCGUUAAAAAAUUCGUUUGCAUGGCUGGCCAGUGUACAACUGGAUAUCCGUUGAACACGAUUUUUAUAUCCAAUGAGCAGGACUAUUGCUUUAACACGCGGAUUUUUGGGGACACUUCUUUUUACCCUCGUGCAUCUAACGCUUGUAAUGAGUGUAAUUAGUCCUCGCAUAAGCAAGUUUCAAAGGUUUAAAACACACCCUUCGGGUACCGUGUCCAACUUCUGGUUGUAGAUUCUGAACAAGUGUCUUCAGUGUGUAAAAUCUUUUCCCUCUCGAAUGCUCUUCGUCAUAUCAGUCAUCUGUUGAUAUUUACCCUCUUCUUCAUGAUUUUUUUUGUUCAGAUAGUUUUAACCACUUGAUGUUAUCGCUUGCUGUUCUUAAAACCUUUAAAUUCGCGUCACAGCUUCCCAAUGUAUCCGUCCUUCAUUAACAAGGAUCUUGCUCACUUUUAUAUGGAAACAAACGCAGUUUUGAUCGUCGAAUCGACAGACAAUUCAGUCCCAUUCUAACAGUUGUCUAACAUUCGAUUUUGGUAAACAGAGUAUUUGGGUAUACGCAGAUAUGCUUAAUUAAACGAAAGCAUCGCACUCACAAAGUUUAUUUUGUUUGGAUUCUGGCAGAGGGCUACCAAUAGCCCACAGACACGUUGGUGCAAAUGACUUUGUUAAAUGAUUCUAUUAUGAAAAAGUUUUGGCAAAUUCGCUAACGAAUAAGAAUCGUAACAUUUUUCAACCUUGACAUCAGAAGGUGUAACGUGGUAAGGUAUUGUUAUCAUAAACCAGUCGCCAUUUAAUCGAGUCUCGGCCAAAAAGGUCGUUUACGUUUGCCCUAUAA